UAAUCUAGUUGACUUGACGUUGGGUGAAGUGUGUGACUAAAUCGGCGAUUACGGAAAUAACUGCUUACCCAGAAUCAAAUAAAUAAAGGAUUAAUAUCGAGUCGCCACCUGUGUAAGCCUGUAACACUGUCCACAAUGUCCAGGCAAUCCAACCGAACAACAGACAGCAAGAAAAUGAACUCUGAGCUGUUCACUCUGACUUAUGGGGCCCUGGUCACCCAGCUUUGUAAAGACUACGAAAAUGAUGAGGAAGUCAAUAAACAACUAGACAAGAUGGGUUAUAACAUCGGAGUGCGUCUGAUCGAGGACUUCCUUGCACGCUCCAGCAUCGGCAGGUGUCAGGAUUUCCGAGAAACAGCCGAUGUCAUUGCUAAGGUUGCAUUUAAGAUGUACCUGGGAGUCACCCCCAGUGUGACCAACUGGAGCCCAGCAGGAGAUGAAUUCUCCCUCAUCCUCGAGAACAACCCGCUGGUAGACUUUGUGGAGCUGCCGGAUAACCACAGCACGCUGAUCUACUCCAACCUGCUGUGUGGGGUCCUCAGAGGAGCCCUGGAAAUGGUCCAGAUGGCUGUGGAUGUGAGAUUUGUUCAGGACACUCUGCGAGGGGACAACGUGACAGAAAUCCGCAUGAAGUUUAUCAAGAGGAUCGAAGAAAAUCUCCCAGCAGGAGACGAGUGAUGGAAACGAAAAGAUCCAUCACAAGAUCAUAACAUGGCUUUGCUACCUUGAAUAUCUUAUGGGUAAAAAAAAGAUUCCAUGGCACUGAUCUGUGGUCCAGUUUGACGGAAAAGUUGUAGGUCUGUGCUUAAAUGACAGUUGUUGCUGUUGAGGAGAGAAUUAUGCCUCUGACCAUUCAUCUGCCACCAUCCCUCACGGAAAGUCUCUUUUUUUCUUCUUCAGAUAUCUGUCUGGUUUCUUGAAAGAAUGAUGUUUUUUCAUUUGGCCAUGUAUAAACUGUUUUUAUGUUUGUCUCAUUUGUUUUCUUCUUUUUUUAAGAAAUCACACUAUAUUGCCAAUUAUAUGGCAUGUUAAUUUAUGUAGAUGGAUAUGUCAAAUAAAAGUGACAUAUUUAA